GUACAUUGCAGGCUGUUGUUAUUGCAUUUUCAGAAUGGCGGCCCAACCAGGCGAGAAUGAAUUGGAUUUUCCAUUCAAUAGCAAUCGCGAAUUCGAACUGAAACUUGGAAGUAGCUUUCAUUCAAAGGGAGGACCAAAAACAGCCUUUCACACAAUACGAUAUGAUUUCAAGCCUGCAUCAGUAGAUACCACAAGACCAGCAGAACUUGUUGUAGGUGAUACAAAUGAGAUCACUGUCACUGUGCCUCAUGUACAGGAUUCUAGUAACACUGUUUAUCGUGGCUCUAAAAGGAGCUGCACAAAGGAAUUUAUUUUGGUGGUGGACAAAGACAAAAAGACAUUUACUUUGGAGAGAAUUGAGUCAGCUAUUCCGCAACUCAAGAAAGUUAGGUCUUCAAAUCAGUCCUCCAAACCAGUGAAGCUACCUGUGACUCCUUCAACUGCGACACUCACAAAAUCUCAGAAAAACAAAACCAAAACCAAGAAGAAACCAGUGGAAAACAAGACGACAAAACAAACAUCGCCAGUCAAGAAUGCAACUCCUCCUUCUGUGACAAGUUCUCAGGAGAUCAGCUCCAAGCCUGAAGACGCAACCGCUGUCGCUGCUGAAUCAGAUUCUGGCUCCUCUUCAUCUAGUGAUAGUUCAGACUCGGAAAAGGAUGAAAAUGAAGAUGAUGAUGAGGUUGAUGAGAAAGAUGUUGAAAAGCUUAACAGCCUAAUGACCAGCAUGGAUCAAAAAGAUAUUUUGACCAAGAAAGAAGGUUUCAACACACUCUGUGAAGACCUUCAGCUAAGCGAGUCCGGGAGUGAUAGCGACUGACAGCCUUGCCGGAGGACGGCAAAGAAAUGUACAAAGAUUUAUAACUCACGUGCAGAGCUAUUGUUUUGCUCAUUACUAGUAAACCUUUUGUCUUGUGGCGUUCUCGUUGCCGUGGUCGUCGCGGUUUUCCGAAGUUCCCUAAUUUCGAUCAGUUAACGGAAACGGCUUUCUUACAUCGUCUUAACGCAAAGGUGGAUGUACUGAUGAAGCGCCCCAUAGCCAAGAGAAGCAUCUGAUUGCUUGGGCUGAUCGUCUGAAAAGGAAAAUUUGUUGAAUUGCUAUGGUCGCGAAACAGGUCCUUUGUAUGACUCACUGAAAUUACAAAUCACUCGUACUUUCUUGAGUAUAGUCAUAGAAUAAUUACUCUAUGGUGAUUGGACAGAACUAGAGAGUUUAGUUGAAACAUGCAUGUGUGCAAAUUCUACUAGUUCCUUGCAGUUUUUGCGCACGUUGAUCUUGCCAAAAAAUAUCUUCAGGUCAAAUUCUUGUUUACAAUUAUAUGUAUUUAUGUUGAUAGGGAAGAUUUGUUUGUUGACAUACGAAUCUGACGUUAGAUCAAGAAUCAUGGCAAGGCUUGCCAUCCCAGCUUGUUGUAAAUAUUUAAAGAAAAAGGACUUAACAAAUUGUAAAUAAAUAAAAAAAUGAGCUGCAAGAAAAAAAUAUGUCGUUGUGUUAUUAUAAAGUUCAGGGGUUGGGUUCAAUGAUCAGAGCAACACAGCGGUCAAACGUCUGCGCAUGUGCGAGCAAUGGAGCAACUAAAAGGCGGCCAAAAUAUUUUCAUGACACUGUUCUUUUCGUGGGUCAUCGGUAUCCUAUGAAUGACAUUUUCCUCGUUAUUUAUAUAUUUGUUUAUGUUUUAGCCGGUACAACGAGAG